AUGAAAUCUAUGACUAUUACGAUGCUUAUCGUGGCGUUGAUCUUUGUUCAAGCUGCGUAUACAUAUUCGGAUGGUGAUGCUUAUCUUCGCCUCCUUAGACGUCUCAUGGAUGAGAAACAACUGGAAAAGCGAACAAAUAAUUAUGUUCAAUGUUGGAGUGAUUACAAUAGUAAAGGCACAUGCUGUGGAACAGUUGAUAUGCGAGGUGUUCCAACAGGUAAUCUGGAUAAUCAUUGCACCGUGCAACUUGGAAAUUGUUGCUAUCGUGGUGUCCAAGGUCGAUGUCAUUGGCAAUUUGGAGCAGUAUGUCCAGCUGGAAAAUAA